CUAACACAGAGCAAGGAACAGAGGCCAGACAAACGGCACAUUUCCACAUCCACGAUCGUGUUUACGCCAAAAUACUCCACAAACAGUGCGUCGCGCUGAACAAUACCGGUCCGUUGCGUUUAGAAACGCAUCGUGAACACGGGGAAGCUUCCGCGGGACCGACGAGCGCUGCACGAGGGAUUGCCCAACUGCAGCGCGCGCGGCGAAGCUCGGAAACGGCUGGGGAAAGAAGGCCUCCUUUCAGCGCUCUUAGACCUGCGGGGAAAAGUGAAGAGCGCCGCCUGACGACCGCCGUACAGCGGGGUGGCUCUCGCAGGAGACCGCGGUGCGCUCCUCAAGCUCUGGCAAAAUCCGAAGAGCGCCGCCAACUGCUCGCCACAAGGUCAUUUGGUAGCUCGUGAUCGAUAUCUGGUCGGGUAAUGCACACUGAAGGAGUUGACUGAGACUCACUGUGACCCAAGCACAUCAUCUGCUCUUCAGCACACAGUCUUUGCAUCUUAAACAGUUUGAGUAACAACAAGCUCUGCCAUCACCAUGAGUGAGCAGGAGUUUGUGGAGCAUCAGUACAUGUGCAGUGAGUGCCAGCAGCUCUUUAACACCCUCGAGGACGUGCUGGUGCACCAGCAGAUCCACACCGGCGCAGAGGAGGUGGAGGUCCUGCCGAGCCUGGACGACUGUGACCCAACCGAGAGCCAGUAUCAGUGCCUGGAGUGUGGAGCCAUCCUGAGGAACCCAGAUGAACUGCUGCUGCAUCAGGAGCUGCACAUGAGAGAGGCGGGCCAGGAGCUAUGUGAGGUCACAGAAGUGGACGCUGUUGAUGCAGAAGUGCCAAUCCAGUAUCAGUGUCUGGAAUGCCUGGCUCUUUUUGACACACCUGAACUGUGGUUGGCACACAGACAGACACACAGCAGAAGCAGCACUCAUAGUAGCCUGAGCGCCGGCACAGAAUAUGUCCUUCAGCCCGAUGGUUCAGUCACUCCCAUUCAGUUGCUCAAUGUUCAAAAUCUUGUUCUGGAUGAACAAAGGGCAGGCCAGAUCCUGACCCUAGCCCAGGCACUCCGAGAACAAGAAACCCCAUCCAAGGCUGCAGCCCCUCCCAGAACUAUGCUAGUACCAGCAAACACUUCCCUGCCUGGCUCCACCUCUGCAAUGCUCCGCCUGCAGUUCUGCUCUGCCCAAGCGAUUGCUGAUGGUUCUGCCCCAUCUACUAUCCGCAAAGCAAAACUUCUCAGCCCCCUCUUACCUGCUGAUCCCAUCCGGUUGGAAAAUGUGACCACUUUAAAUCUUCUGCCUUCCUCUGGUCAGGUGAAUGCAGUUAAGAAGGAAAAUGAGGAAAUUUUAAUCAUCCACCCUUAUGAGUGUUCCGAGUGUAAUCUGCUGUUUAGUACACCAGAGGAUUUCCUUCAACACCAGGGGGAGCACUUCUUAGGCCAGGACAAAGAGACUGGGGACACUGGGGUGAUGGUGGGGUAUGAAGACAGUUUGGGGGCAAAGGAUGAUGAAGGAAGAAGCGAUGGAUCAGAAGAAGGCAAAGUUGGCAGAGUUAGUGGUGGGAGACGCAUGUACACUGCCCGCUCAGCUGGUUUGGGUUUGACAUCACCUGUUUCACCCAGCAGUCUUCGGUGUGAAGAGUGCAAAAGAACAUUCACCUCUGCCAAUCGGCUUGUGGCACACCUUCGUGUGCAUGAACAAGGAACCCAUGAGUGCCCGGAGUGUGACAAAGUGUUUAAGAAGUUAGUGUCCCUUCAGACGCAUAUGCGCACGCACUCUGGUGAGGCACGAUUUCUGUGUGUGGAUUGUGGACACGGAUUUACCACUGAAAUGACUCUCAUGAUACACAGGAAGUCCCACACAUCUGAGCCAUUGCACAAAUGCCCAUUUUGUGCUAAAACUUUCACCAACAUGACAAAGUUCUUGUACCACCGCCGCACUCACAGAGUACGUGAACCAACCACACCAGUCUCUCAGUUUGUACUGGCACAGCAGUCACCUGUCUCUAUCAUCCAAAGAGCAAGAGAACGAGAGGCUGCUUGGAGAAAAGACAGACAGGUGCUGACAAUUCCUUCUAAGGAUGAGUCCAGUGACGCAGGUCCAGUGCUCAUUGAAGGUAUUACUGUGGUCUCCCAGUCUACAGAACCAACAGAGAAUGGGCUUUAUGCUGAACCCUCAAACACAGAACAAACCCAAAAUGGAGUCAAAAGGCUGGCAGAUGACCCUAAAUAUUCAAUGAUUGCCAUAAGUGAAGGAGGUGGAGAUGAAGAUAAACACAUGGUUCCGGCUGCUGAGGAAGAACCAAAGUUCCCUUGCUCUAUUUGUGGAAAAAGAUUCUCCUCGCAGGUCCGUUUGUUGCGCCAUCGGUGUACAACUCAUACGACUGAAAGGCGCUUUAAAUGCAACAUCUGUGGGAAACCAUUCAAGAAGCAAAUCCAUCUGCGGAACCACCUGCGCACACACACAGGGGAGCGACCGUUCCAGUGCAGCGUGUGUGGAAAGACCUUUUCCUCUCUUGCUAACCUUUCUCGUCAUGGACUCACACACACAGGAGUCCGUCCGUACCGCUGUGACAUUUGCCACAAAGCUUUCAGCCAAUCCUCAAAUCUACGUCAGCACCGUCAGCAUCUUCACAGCAAUGUGACACCCUCACCAUGUCCAGAUUGCUCUGCGACUUUUAUCCGUCCUGCUAAACUCGUAGCUCAUCGAUUCCUUCACCAUCCAGGGUCACCGGCCCCUUACCCCUGUCCACACUGUACAGAGGGGUUCCUGCGCAAGCGUCAGCGAGACGUACAUUGCCUGGAGGAGCAUCCCAGCUUGACACAGCCCCACAGCAUUUCUCAGGAGUCCCAGGGCAGAGGUCAGGAGGGUACAACUGAUGAUACUGAGCAGCAAAGUGCUAAUUCAAUACCAAAACCCAAUCUGGAUUGCACUAUUUGUGGCAAGCGCUUGAACUCUCCUGCAAAUCUUCGCCUACACCAACUGAGUCACGGACUCGGGCCUGGCCGGCCACGAGGCUCCAGCUCUAACUCUGGGAAGUCUCAUCCCUGUCCAGUCUGUGGAAAACUGUUCGUUUCGGCCUCAAGUGUUACACUACACCAGAGAGUUCACACAGGUGAGCGUCCGUAUCCUUGUGCAAUCUGUGGAAAACGGUUUCGCCAGAACACGCACCUGCGGGAACACCUUCGCACACAUUCAGGCGAGCGUCCAUUCCGGUGUGAGUUCUGUGAUAAGGGCUUUGUUCAAAGCAUGCAUCUAGCAGAACACCGGCGAACACAUACAGGUGAGCGGCCGCAUGCUUGUGGUGAAUGUGGAAAGACCUUCAAGACUAUCUCAAACCUUAGGACCCAUCGUAAAACCCACUCUCGCUCCCAAAAGCAACAAAAGUCAGAACAUAGUGAAGAAUUGUCAGCCACAGGAUCAACCACAGUAGCUGUUGCUGUUUUGGAGGCUUCAGAGAUGGAACUGGCAAACUCUGUACCAGACUUCAGCCAACAGGGGGUCCAGCUUGGACAGCCACAAGUCAUUCAGAUACAGACAUCUAACCUGACACAGACUCCGGGCACUCCUACUAUCAUGUGUAAUGAGUUUGGAGAGACUAUAGCCAUCAUUGAGACAAGUGGAGAUUUAACAGAAGCCAUCGAGCUGUACCGCACGGCACUGGAGGGUGGCAUCAACAUGGAGGCCAUCACUGUGGACAACCUGCAGCUAAUGUGAAGCGUUGACAGUGCAGCAUUCCGGAAGCGGGACAUUCGAAGAUCACAAUUAUGCGAUGAGUGAAAAAGAUGUCAGAUGCAUCAGAACAAGUGUAGAGAGACAUUCAAAAAUAAAAGCAGAGAAUGAAUUCAAGCAUCUGAGAUCUGAGAGUUUUGCAAAUACAAGGAAUUGUAUUAAGUUCUUGAAUGUGUCAACAAGUGUACCUCAGAGAGCCACUCUUGUCCUUCCUUUCAAAUAUUUUUUCAGCCAUUCUUUGCAAAAUAACAUUAACUAACAGACUUCAAAGAGGGCUGAUUUUUGAAGACGCAACUGACAGACUUACGAUGGUUCCUUUAUUGGGGCUAGAAAUGGAUUGCUGCUCUUGUCACACUGAAUGACUCAUUCUUACAUUUGGACAGAACUUGACAGAGGCCAGCAAGGCACAGGUUACAAAAGUAAAGAGUUUGGACAAUGAAGAAAGUUGUAAUGAUUCUCGGUUUACAUUUUGAUCUGCAGUUCUUUAAAGACGGUAGUUUAAGGGCAUUGAGCUGUGAAACAGAACAGGGAGGGAGGAGAUUUAAACAUGCUUAUUACGGAAGACAAAAUAUGCACCAUCACUUACGAUGGAGUAAGUAUCCUCCUGUUACAUGUACCACAUCUCUGCCUGCACAUUGUAUGUUUGUAGCAUUUUUAUAUUGUUAUGCUGAUUUGGAGAAGUGUUGGAAAUAAACUGUUUGUCUCUGUC